UUUUUUUUUUUGGUAUAAAAAGACCCAUUCAUGGUAUUUUUAUAUUUGCCUUAAAGAAUAACAGUAAAAAAAGAUCUGUGCGUAUGGUUGCUAUAGCUGACGUAAUAACCUAUGUGCUGAGAGGAGCUGGUAGACUUUUUUAUAUCGUCUCUCCAAAAGCAACCACCUUUGGUCAUUACCAGGAGGUCCCUGACUACAUUGCAGAGUCCAUUCCUUUCUUUGUAUUAACCAUUACACUUGAAUUUCUGUCCCUGGUGUUUCGACAUGGUGGAAAAGGACUUCGAAAAGAACGUUUGUGGGAUGCGAGUCGUUAUUCAGUGAAUGACAUGGUUGGAAGUAUAGGUGCGGGCAUGCUGCAACAAAUAUCGAAAUUCUUUAUAUACAACAUUACGCUCAACUCGUAUUUAUAUGUGUACGAAAACUUUCGAUUUGUUACUUUGGAUCCACACAACAUUUGGGUUUGGAUAGCAGGAUUUUUCAUUAUCGAUUUAGGAUACUAUCUCUUUCAUCGUGCUGCACAUGAAGUGAACUUGUUUUGGGCGACUCAUGUUGUUCAUCAUUCAUCCGAAUACUAUAACCAGACUACUGCUUUACGUCAAAGCGUAUUUCAGGUAUAUGCCUCUUGGGUCUUUGAUUUGCCAGCUGCGUUAUUUCUACCACCCUCAUUAUACGUCAUGCACAAGCAGUUCAACACAUUAUUUCAAUACUGGAUUCAUACAGAAGUGAUUGGAAACCUUGGACCAUUAGAAUACAUUAUCAAUACGCCAUCAGCACAUCGUCUUCAUCACGGCCGUAAUCCUUACUGCAUUGACAAGAAUUACGCUGGCACCCUCAUUAUUUGGGAUAUCAUGUUUGGAACGUUCGAGUUAGAAAGGACAGCUCCUAAUGUCAAGGCAGAAAACAGCGAGCCUGUCGCGUUUGGUUUGACUCAUCCUAUCAAUACCUUUGACCCGUUUACGAUCCAGUUUCAUCAUCUCAAGCAUGUGCUUCGUACAUGCUGGUCAACACCCGGUAGCUUAAACAAGUUAAAGGUGUUGUUUUACGGACCUGGUUGGCACGAUGAUACACCACGCACAGGAUUACUGGAAGAGAUCCCAGUUAUCGCAAAGGAUAUACCACCUCAGAAAUACGACCCUACACUAUCCCUUGGGAUUAACGUUUAUGUGGUGGCUCAUUUUGCUGUUCUGGUGGCAGUCAAUGGUAUUUUAUUGGAUCAUAAGCCGGGCGAGCUUGAUUUUGCUGUGGUUGUGACGACAUCGACUUAUAUUUUUUCAACAUUGACUACAUUUGGGUAUAUAUUUGAUCGUAAGCAAUGGGCUAUUGAAUAUGAGUUCUUGAGAUCCGUGUUUGUGUGUGGUGCUCUUGAAGUAGCAAGACAAACGGAAUAUCUGCCAAACCUGGUGAUAGCUCUUGAGGCGUUUCAUAUCUUGACUGGAAUGUGGUUGUUGAUGACCCAGAGAUCGGCUUUGAAAGAAAUUAAGACGGAAUAAUUAAAAUAAACCAGGAUGGGUAUCAAGUCAAUCAAUUCUUUAUAUAUAUUUGCUUGUUUCUUCUUUAUUAGUGAUUUUAAAUUUUAAAAAAGUGUUAUCUAAUGAACCUCUUUUGAUACAUGUGUUAGUUAUACAUCCGGAACAAAUAAGAAUAAAUAGCGAAGAAAGGUGUCGUCCGAUGGCGCAAUCUUUCUGCAGUCAGCUUUUUAAAAGAA